CUUUGAGCCGCCUCGAUCCUCCUCCUCGCUCAGUUGAGUGAGUCAAUUCUAGGUGACGGAGCACUGGUUCUUGGGCGGGUGAAGCAAGCAAGGCAGAUGGAAGAGGAGCUGAACAGCCAUCCCUCCGAUGGACAAACGCGAAAUCCGGCGGCUUAUCCUAGCGGCGUCGGGCUUGGUGAAGGAGCUGAGGCUGAGCUGUUGGUGAAGGAAGCCAAGCCAGAGAAGGAAGAAGAGAAACGAAGAAAGUGAGCAUUCCAUUCACUAAUUAAAAUCAGUUCCCACACCGACCAAGCCAGAGAAGGAAGAAGAGAAACGAAGAAAGCACCCUUUUUAAAUUAGAAAUUGCUCUGUCAAAGGAAAUAAGAACACUGGCAGCUGAAGCUUUUCUUAAUGCCAGCUGGUACCAAGGGCCAACUUCAGCAAGUCUAAAAUAUAUAAUAAUAGCCUCAGAGGAGAGUGGAAUCGAGGGGAAUCCGGGAAAGAGAAGAAGAAAGGGGAAACGGGAAAGGAAGGGAGAGAGUUCUUUUUUGCCUCAAGACUUCUACUUUUAUGGUCAUUUGCUUUGAAGAUAAGGAUUGGAAGGAUAUCCAAGUUCUUUUUUGCUCAGGUAUUAUUUUGAACUUGUGAGUGGAAAACGAUUGCUCGGGUUGCAUUUUGACAUAGCUCAGCUGCUCAAGCGUUGAUAAAUGUGGUUCUAUGGGGGUAUACUGUAUAUUACAAAUGAGUGGGAAUGGGGCACACAGACUGAAGUUCAAAGCCUCACCACUAUUAAGGAAGCUGUUUCCUUAUUUCUAUUAGGAGCAACGGAGGAGAAGAAAGGGGGAAAGGGAAACGGGUACAAGUGAAAGAGUAGAGAGAAGGAACAGGAAAGAAAGAGGAAGCAGAAAGGGAAAGUUAUUGAAUUCAUAAUAUACAAGGGUUUUAUUAUUCUCCAAGUUCGUUUCUUGCUUUGAAGAUAAGUCUUGCCUCCAGUUACAUUGACGUAUGUUUCAUCAAAACUCCAAAGAAAAUAAGAACACUGGCGGCUGAAGCUUUUCUUAAUGCCAGCUGAAAGUCUGUCCCUAACAUGGAGUCAUCAGAAUUUGGAAGUAGCCAAAACGUAAAUCAAUCUUUGAGAAGAAUUGUGCCCCCCCUGAGUUCAUCCUAAAAGAUAAGUACUCAUACUAAAUUUGGGAUUGGAAGCAGGGGCAUUUCCCCCAGCCCCCAGGUCCUCUAUGCCCUAGCGGGAGUUGUGAGCCGACGAGGAAGAUGGGAGAAAGACACUCUCUAAAAGCCCCUACUGGCUUCAAAGAACAAGACACUAUCUGGCUUUAAGAAGUGAUUAUGUCGUUCUUAUGCUGAAGUUCGCUGGUGAGUGGAAAACAAUUGCUAGAUUUGUGUUUUGACGUAGCACAGCUGCUCAAACGUUGAUAAAUUUGAAGGAAAAACGCAGUGUGGAGAUGUUGGAUUGCCCCAGCCCCAUAGGAGUACGCUUUGCUUAGUACUAUAAUUAGUUUUGACUUUUUCAAUUUCCUUGGUUGUAAGGGCAUAUCUUUGUUUAAUGCCCUUUUAGAAUAGUACUCCGUAUUUGUUUAUUUUAAACAUUGGUCUUUUCAGUUUUUUUUUUUUAAAUUUUUUAUUUGGUGGUAUGUAGAACUUUAAAAUGGAAGGGGUUGGGUUCGAUUCCCUGGAGCGGAUUUUGGCCCCAUCACCGCCCUUCUAUUUUGGCCUUGCCCUUCUGAUUUUUUUUUCCGGGAAGCAGCUAGAAGAUGGUCUUACCCCAGCGGAUUGCAAUAUUCAGAAAGCCUUCAUUUUCACUUCUUUGGUGAUAUAACCUAUUUGCAACUAUGCUUGCGGGCUGCGGCUUGACUCUUUAUGAGGACAUUCUUAGCUGCUGCCAAAUGCGAGACUACUUGGGAUGCUGGUACUUCAGCUAGAAGAGCAAUUCAUAACCCUCUCGAGCAGUUCUUUGAAGCUCAUAGAAGUGUGGAGGAUGAUAAACCUGUUGUGUAUGGUGGGAGCUGGAAGGCAUCUGAGCUUCGUCUCAAGUCCUGGGAUGAUCUUCACAAACUAUGGUAUGUACUUCUCAAGGCUCAACGUCAAAUGCUUAAUGCUCAAAACUUGAGAUUUCCAAAUCCAGAAUGUAUCUCCAAGGUAAGAAAGUCUAUAUGCCGAAUCAAACACGUGCUCACAGAGAGGGCGAUCGAUGAGCCAGAUCCUAUGAGGUGUAGUGAGAUGAAAAGAAUGAUAAAUGCCGUAUGAGAAGAAUGAUAGUUGUGUUAAAAGGAAUGAAUGAGAGAUGCUGUCAUUUGAUCCAGUGGCAGAUAGACAGGUAGUUUAUGGAGUCAUAUAUUUUCUGUUUCAAGAAUUUUGUGCUGCCCAGAUGAUUUGUUGGAGCUGUGGACGUGCUCUUUUAAACACAUUCUUUGCUAGCUCGUGUAUCUGAAAAUGGAUGCUGUGGACGUGUAUCCUGGAAGUGUUUUUUUAUUUGCCUGAUGUCAUCCAUCUCCUUGGGUGGGUAGAACAAAAGAGGCAAACAAUUUUUAGACAAAAAAAUGGAAGCGGUUGGGAGUUGGGGGGAUGAUAAAUAAAGCAAAACUUUAUAUGAGUAUGUGUUACUUGAGUUCAGUUCAAAUCGGUUGAAAUUGUUAUUUUUUUUUUUAAAUAUGUCAAUAUUUAUUAUUUUUUAUUAUAUUUAGUUUUGUACUAAUAGUCUACCAUAUUUUGAUGUGAUAUCUAGCCUUAUUUAGAUGAUUUGUAUUAAAUUAGUUGAUUUGUAAAUCCCACAUAAUCCUCUUGUAAUCACUCUCAAACGGCCGAAAUGAAACCAGAUAGUUUCAAAUCAAAAUUAUUGAUGUAUAUGGAGUAUAAAUUGGGUAAUUU